AUGGGGAGCCGGUUAUUUUCACAUGUCCGGACGGGUCUUAUCUACGCAUUUUUAUCUGCCUCGAUAACCACCUCCUCCACACCGUCUCGGCUGGGGCUUGCCUCCAGCCCACCAGUCGGUUGGUCGCCCAGCCCAGCCCAGCCCAGUCCAGUUCAGGCCAGCCUACUGUACGGUAUGGUACACGCGAAAUCGCUUAUCCCUCGUGUGAUCUGCAAUCGCUUUGGGCUUUUCAACUUUGUCUUUAUGCCGGACACGUUGCCAUUCGGUUGGCAGACACAUCGGAUAUAUUGUGACUCGGCAGGUCUGGUCGUUGUAGCCCGGCACAAUUCAGCAUUUUCGCGACAGAUUCUCCGUUCGCUCGUAAAGCGAACCGGCCUUCAGGACGGAUUUCCUUUUUGCCGCCGACGCAGAAGACCAGAACCUUCCGACACUGCGUCCCGCGGUCCGACGAGUGGAUUCGAGCGAGCCCGGCUUCGGGAACACCGGCGACGACCAACUCCCUUUUCCGGUACCUCGCUC